UAUUUUGGUAGAAUUCGUAACUUUAUGCUGACAACACUGGCAGAGUGCCAUCGCACCACCACUCGCAGCUCCAUUCGUGUGAGUUCGUCGUUUCCGCUCGACGGACCUUACGCGACGUAAGCGGGUGUGUGCGAAAGUAUGAAGUGAAAUCGUACCCAGUGUGUGAAAUGUUUAGUGGUAGUUUUUACUGUGAAAUUUGUGCGAACAAAAUGAGUGCAAACGGAUAGUCGACUUUCUUACUUCCCGGAUUUAUAAACAUUGGACGGUAGUGGAACACGUAACAUUUUGUAGAAACGGAUUCAAAAUGGCUGUGUUUUGAUGGACCCUUUGUCCGAUUCGUGUGUUUCUUUCAGCAUGGUAGUGGAAUCCUACAGUCAGAAAUUUGACUUAGAGAGGGAAUGCAUGUCAUGUACCCGGACCCGACGCACUAUCGCAAUCAGCCAGCCAGCCAGCCCUCGUACCAGCCGGCCGUGUCGCCGGCCCGCCACCAGCCUAAGAAGCGCCGCGCGCUGAGCCCCGUCUCGCGACACGCGGGUCUCGAUAACACUGGCUACAAGAGCAAGUGUUGGUCAGGCGUAGGGCCGGUCUGCUGCGCCGCGCCCGCCGCGCCGAGUCGCGCGUGCGAUGCUGAGCGGUCCCCUCCGCCCGCGCUGCCGCCCGCUCCGCCCGUGCUCUGCGCACGACCGUGCUGUCGCGACGCGCCUGUCGGCGACACCAGCGACCAGCGUCGCGCCCCGCCGGCCGCCGGCGCGGCCGCUCGCCACAAGACGGCGCCACAGGCAACGACGACGGCCCACAGCAAGACAGCGGCGGGCGGGGCCAACCACCCGCCCCAGCCGCAAGGUAACAAACGCUCUGGCUGUGGCGGCGAUGGCGACUACCAGCUGGUGCAGCAUGAGGUCCUCUACUCCUCGUCCAAUAGGUACGAGGUGUUGGAGUUCCUCGGGCGAGGUACGUUCGGGCAGGUGGUGAAGUGCUGGAAGAAGGGCACCAACGAGAUAGUCGCCAUCAAGAUCCUCAAGAACCACCCCAGCUAUGCUCGCCAAGGACAGAUUGAGGUGUCGAUCCUCUCCCGGCUCUCCCAAGAGUCCGCGGACGAGUUCAACUUCGUCCGCGCGUACGAGUGCUUCCAGCACCGCUCGCACACGUGCCUCGUGUUCGAGAUGCUCGAGCAGAACCUGUACGACUUCCUCAAGCAGAACAAGUUCAGCCCGCUGCCGCUCAAGUACAUCCGGCCCAUUCUGCAGCAGGUGCUCACUGCGCUGCUCAAACUGAAGCAACUAGGGUUGAUCCACGCGGACCUGAAGCCGGAGAACAUCAUGCUGGUGGAGCCGGCGCGGCAGCCCUACAGGGUCAAGGUCAUCGACUUUGGCAGCGCCUCGCACGUCAGCAAGGCCGUCUGCAACACCUACCUGCAGAGUCGAUACUACAGAGCUCCCGAGAUCAUCCUGGGCCUAGCGUUCUGCGAGGCGAUCGACAUGUGGUCCCUCGGCUGCGUGGUGGCAGAACUGUUCCUCGGCUGGCCGCUGUACCCCGGGUCCUCGGAGUACGACCAGAUCCGCUACAUCUCGCAGACACAGGGCCUGCCCACCGAGCACAUGCUCAACAGUGCGUCAAAAACGGCCAAGUUCUUCUACCGCGACGUGGACAGCACGUACCCGUUCUGGCGGCUGAAGACGCCCGAGGAGCACGAGCUGGAGACGGGCAUCAAGAGCAAGGAGGCCAGGAAGUACAUCUUCAACUGCCUCGACGACAUCGGACAGGUUAAUGUACCAACGGAUCUAGAAGGUGGCCAACUCUUGGCCGAGAAGGCGGACAGAAGGGAAUUCAUCGAUUUACUCAAGAGAAUGCUCACUAUGGAUCAGGAACGAAGGAUAACCCCGGGCGAGGCGUUGAACCACGCCUUCGUGACACUCGCACACCUUGUGGACUAUGCGCACUGCAACAACGUCAAGGCGUCCGUGCAAAUGAUGGAGGUGUGCCGGCGGUCCGGCAGCGGCUCGGGCGGCGUGGGGGUGGGGGUGGGGGUGGGCGGGGAGUACGCGGGCGGCGUGGUGGCGCCCGCCGCGGCGCCGGCCGCGCACCACCUGGCGCUCACCAUCAACCAGCAGCGCCUGCCGCCGCAGCCCUACGACAACCUGUACCAACUAUAUCAGGGCGGUCGCGUGGCAGUGGGCGGUGCGCGACAAUACGCGACGAGGGCCGCGGAACCCUUCCCGCACCAGUUCGUGUCAUCCAUCCUGUGCCCACCCGCAUAUCAGGUGCAGCAACUAGCAGCAGCGGCAGCAGCGGCGGCCGCAGCGCACCACCAGCACGGCGUGGGCGUGGGCGGCGUGGGCGUGGGCGUGGGCGGCGUGGGCGACGUGGGCGUGGGCGUGGGCGAGUGGCGCGCGCCGCUCAUCGUGGAGCCCGCGCCGCUGCCCGAGCCCGACGUGUGGGACUUCCAUCCCCACCACCUGCACCACCAUCCGCACAAGAGAUCGACAAAGCAGCAGACGAGCGCGGUGGCCCACUACCAGCCGCAUCACCAAACACACCAAUACAGUAUGGCGAGCAGUGCGGGCAAGAAAGAGCCGACUCAGCUGUCACCGGUAAAGAAGCGGGUGAAGGAAGGCACGCCACCGUCGCGGCACAACAGGCAUACGCACGAACAGAAUACCAACAUCGGCGGCGGACGAGCGUCGUGGGGCUCGGGCGGCGCGGCGGGGGGUGCGGGCGGUGCGGGGGGUGCGGCGCACACCAUCACCAUCCGCGACACGCCGUCGCCCGCCGUGUCCGUCAUCACCAUCUCCGACUCCGACGACGACGAGCCCGCCGCCGCCGCCGCCGCCGCCGCCGCCCGCGCCGUGCCUCACAACAGAGGUCGAAUGAAGCUUAGGCAGUUGAUUUCUAUGCGCCUAAAUGUAGGGUGUAAAGAUUGUAUUUUUUUGUUAUUUGUAGCGGGCGGCAGCGGGCAAUGUGCCCCGGCGGCGGCGGCGCCGGGAGUCAUCUGCAGCGCGCGCUCGCCGCGGGACGACCCUCACGUCAAACCUGAGCCGCAGCCCUGCCACCACCAUCACACGCAACCGUCAGCCCCGGCGGCUGCGCCGGCGGCGCGUGCGCAGGCCACGCCGCAGAGCCAGAAGAAGCGGCUGCUGGCGCUCGCGCAGCAGGAGGCGCACAAGCACGACCCGCCGCCGCCCGACCACCACCAUUACCAGCAGACUGGUGCCGCCGUCCGGCCCGCGAACGAGUACCAGUGCAACCAGUACGUGCCGGCGCAGCACAACAAGAGGGAUAGUACGGGCGGCUGUCGCGAGUACCCGAGCGGCGCGGCGGCGGCGGCGGGUGCGCCGCCCGCGCCCGCGCACAAGCAGCACGCGCAUGCGCCGCACGCCGCGCACCACGCCGCGCACGCCUGGCACCACCACCCGCACAACCACUACAAGUCAGUAUACACGACUAUACUACACUCCUGCGAGUACCCGAGCGGCGCGGCGGCGGCGGCGGGUGCGCCGCCCGCGCCCGCGCACAAGCAGCACGCGCAUGCGCCGCACGCCGCGCACCACGCCGCGCACGCCUGGCACCACCACCCGCACAACCACUACAAGUCAGUAUACACGACUAUACUACACUCCUGCGAGUACCCGAGCGGCGCGGCGGCGGCGGCGGGUGCGCCGCCCGCGCCCGCGCACAAGCAGCACGCGCAUGCGCCGCACGCCGCGCACCACGCCGCGCACGCCUGGCACCACCACCCGCACAACCACUACAAGUCAGUAUACACGACUAUACUACACUCCUGCGAGUACCCGAGCGGCGCGGCGGCGGCGGCGGGUGCGCCGCCCGCGCCCGCGCACAAGCAGCACGCGCAUGCGCCGCACGCCGCGCACCACGCCGCGCACGCCUGGCACCACCACCCGCACAACCACUACAAGUCAGUAUACACGACUAUACUACACUCCUGCGAGUACCCGAGCGGCGCGGCGGCGGCGGCGGGUGCGCCGCCCGCGCCCGCGCACAAGCAGCACGCGCAUGCGCCGCACGCCGCGCACCACGCCGCGCACGCCUGGCACCACCACCCGCACAACCACUACAAGUCAGUAUACACGACUAUACUACACUCCUGCGAGUACCCGAGCGGCGCGGCGGCGGCGGCGGGUGCGCCCGCGCCCGCGCACAAGCAGCACGCGCAUGCGCCGCACGCCGCGCACCACGCCGCGCACGCCUGGCACCACCACCCGCACAACCACUACAAGUCAGUAUACACGACUAUACUACACUCCUGCGAGUACCCGAGCGGCGCGGCGGCGGCGGCGGGUGCGCCCGCGCCCGCGCACAAGCAGCACGCGCAUGCGCCGCACGCCGCGCACCACGCCGCGCACGCCUGGCACCACCACCCGCACAACCACUACAAGUCAGUAUACACGACUAUACUACACUCCUGCGAGUACCCGAGCGGCGCGGCGGCGGCGGCGGGUGCGCCGCCCGCGCCCGCGCACAAGCAGCACGCGCAUGCGCCGCACGCCGCGCACCACGCCGCGCACGCCUGGCACCACCACCCGCACAACCACUACAAGUCAGUAUACACGACUAUACUACACUCCUGCGAGUACCCGAGCGGCGCGGCGGCGGCGGCGGGUGCGCCGCCCGCGCCCGCGCACAAGCAGCACGCGCAUGCGCCGCACGCCGCGCACCACGCCGCGCACGCCUGGCACCACCACCCGCACAACCACUACAAGUCAGUAUACACGACUAUACUACACUCCUGCGAGUACCCGAGCGGCGCGGCGGCGGCGGCGGGUGCGCCGCCCGCGCCCGCGCACAAGCAGCACGCGCAUGCGCCGCACGCCGCGCACCACGCCGCGCACGCCUGGCACCACCACCCGCACAACCACUACAAAACUGGGAGCGGAGGCGUCCUGUCGCCGGCGGGAGGGGUGUCCCCAGGUUACUUACCACCGCCGCUCUACGUGCCCACGUAUCACUAUCAUACCGGUGGCGUCGGCGGCGUGGGCGCGGUCGGCGCGGUGGGCGCGGUGGGCGCGGUGGCGGGCCCGCCGCCCGCGCACCACGCCACGCGCCUGCCCGCCUACCUGCAGCCCUACUCGCCCACCUACCUGGUGCCGCAGCACCCCAACCAGCACCUCUGGUACACCGACUGAACACCCGCGCCACUGUAGGCGUGUCGCCGAGCCGAGCCCGACCGACAUACACGGAGACGCGGCCGAGCUCCGAGCGCGAUCGCCGCGAAACUGUGGACCCGCGGCGAAAAUAUAACCCCGCUCCGCGAUCGACUCGACUUUGUCGCGUCGCGGCCCCGACGUUGGCUCGUCGUGCCCGAUAAAAGUACGGCGCCGAGCGGAGAAUAUUUAUAUAUUCCUAGAGCUUUACGUGUUGGCUGUCCUUUCUUAAAAUUUAAUAUUGAAGUCGAUUUUUAAGCUCGCUCCUGACUAAUCGGACGUUAAGUUUUUAUUUUAAAAAACAGAUUAUGCCGACUUAUUUAAUUUGUUUCUAAAUCAUCAUAUAAUUGAAAUUAUAAACAGAGUUCCAUAUGUGGGGGAAGGGGCGACCUUCCCGUUAUCGUGACCUGUCACGAUAAUCCCUUCGACUCUUUAUUGACUUUGCCGAUUUAUAAAAUUCGCGACUGUUGUUCGCUUGUAAUAUGUUCGAUGUUUGUGACCGGGUGUAUUCGAUAUAUUGGUUCGAGUAGAAUUAUAUUAGUUAGCGGCGGAGACCUGUUUGACGUAGAUGUAUUGUUGUAUUGAUUUAUUUUGUUUACUCAUGUACGCGCUAGGCGGUAGUGAUAUAGACUCGUUUGUUUAUCGCUGUAUAAUAUGGAUUGUAAAUUUUGCGUUAUUUUUUUUUACUAAGAUUUUGCGGUAAAGCGGAGAGUAGGUUGCAUUUACUAAUAUUUUUACUGUAGACGUUUAGUUGUUUGUACCAAAUCUUUAUAAUGGAAGAUGUAUUCGUGAUUCGGGCCCUGUCCCUUGGACCCGCUUCGGAGGAAGCGGUUCUCGACUUGACUGUACUUUUAGUUUUACGUGACGGUGGUUUGUCAAUUACGGUUUGAUUUAAAAAUGAAGCAGUGGACCUACCGCGAACCGCGUUUGACGUGUUGCCUCUCUGUCGCACUUGUAAAUUCGUACGUAAGUGUGACAGGAAGGCAACACGUCGAACGUGGUUCGCGGUAGGCCCUCUGUAGCGAUGGGUGUUUCGUUACGUUCCAUAUCACGUAGUCGCGAGACAUGUACGCUGUUCACCUGUAUUCAUAUUAAUGGGAUUUUAUAAUUAUUGUGUAGAUAUUUACGUGUGGGCGCGGUGAUGGACUACUUGUAUAGCUUUAGAAACAUAAAUUAAACGAAAUUAAAAUUAUCUAAGAAUUUUAUAUUAAAAAAAAACUUUAGUACGCACUAAUAGGUAAACUAUAAGUGUUAUAUGCAUGUAUAAAUCACCUUAGAUAGAAGAAAAAAUAACAAUUCAUUAAUAUGAAAAAAAUAAUGUAAUGCAAUUAUUUUACGACUGCAAUCUUAGUUUAUUUGGGUAGUUUAGUGAUGCUUA